AUGAACCAGCAGAUUCUUGCGUUCACAUGCUGUCGACUUGCGCGCGGCCAAGUAUCGCCUGCCGCAAGCUUCGUCCGCCAAUACCACCGUGCGCUCUCUGUCGCCACGAACUCCGUUUCAUCUCAACACUACGCGACGACAUAUUCAAUCCUGCCAUACCUUCCGUUUUUGCACCCUUACACAUUUCGCCCAAAUACUCGCUGUAACCAAGCAUUCCGAAGAACCGCGAGGCAGCUCUCUGCAUUCUCGACGACACAACCGAAACAGGGAACGAGGGUAGUAUUGAAUCCGCGAACUGAUGAGGAGGGGAAGCCUCUGACAAUUGAUAUUUCUCCGCGUGCAGCGAAGCGCCUACGAGAAAUAACGGAUCCGUCGUCAAAGAAACCUACUCUACCAGUGAUCCCGAAAGGAGUUGUACAAGAUCAUCUCCGUGUCACUGUAUCUAGUGGAGGAUGCCAUGGUUUUCAGUACCUGAUGACCCUCGAUCCAGAAUCUAAUAUCGACCCGGAGGAAGAUACAAUUUUUGAAGCAGAGCCAGAGGAUUCGGGAGAAUCGUUAUCGGAUGGAAAGACCCCCAGUGGCAGAGCGAAAGUUGUUAUGGAUUCGGCAUCUUUGGAACUUCUGAGCGGCAGUACGGUUGACUAUACAAUGGAGCUCAUAGGAAGCCAAUUUAAAAUUACCAACAACCCCAGGGCUACCAGUAGUUGUGGCUGCGGAACCAGUUUCGACGUUCCAUCGUAG